UUUUCAAAACACACAUGAUAUACAAAUAUAUAUAGUAUAUUAUUUUGUUAACAAUAUUGUUGGUUAUGUUUCGUGUUCAGUGAAUGUUAAGUGCGCGGCUCAAUAACAAUUAAUUAAUAAUCAAUCAUCAAUAACAAAAAUUAUUUAAUUAACAAAUCAAGUCAACGUUCUCUUAAAAAUGACAAGCAAAGAUGACGGGUACUGGGUCACUCCUCUGUUCAGAGAAGGAAUGAUAAUAAAAAUUGACGAGACGAUGCAGAAAAGCUGCGGAGUUGCGUUGCUCAGCACCAGCACCAAGACAGAGGAUUUAAUUUUCUCACAGUCGGCGUCGAAAGAUGAAUAUUCAAAGUUCAUUGACUUGUUGAUCACGAGCAUUGAAAAAAAAAGCUUUGAUGGAAUCACUGAACCCUGCGGAUCUUUGUCUCUUGAUGGGACCGUAGAUUUCAUUAAAAGUAUGAUUUACGUCCAUGAUUUUUACGAUAUUCAGAAUUUUAUUGACAAUGUGCCAGCAAUUCCAUCCUCGAGUCAUCAGAAUUCAGAUUCUGAACCUCUUAAAAUCCAAGAAAAUAAUAUACCUAAAAAUAAUGAUCAGCCCACUGAUACAAACGGUACCAACCAUAAAAACACGAAUUCAGAAUCAAAAAUAUCAACGGACUCUUCCGACGAUGAGGAUUUUCGAUUUUAUUCUCAAAAAAAGCUGGCGAGUACAAAUGUCAGGACAACAACAGAAACUUCGCCUUCAAAAUCUGAUCAGAACGACAAGAACAGAAAAUCUGAUCAAGAAAACAUUGAAGAUCUGAGUACGCAAAUAGAAAUCGAAGAGAUCGAAUUGAUAGAUCCCGGGGACGAGCGUUCUCAAGAAGUCCACCAACGAAAUCCCAUCAACGCGGUGGGCCAAGAACGCGGGAUCAUGGAGUUCAUGAAUCAGAAGCUCGACUCUAUAGAAAAUACCAUGAAAUUGUACACCGAUGAUCUAGGGCAAAUAAUAAUAAACAACAUCAAUGGCAACGUCAACGUUAAAUUCGACGAAUACAAAAACAGUUUGGACACAGUAAGAAGAAAAUUAGACAAACAGACAAAGAGGCUGGACCGCAUUGAAAAAGAACUCAAGUUGCGGUACCUCGUGAUCUACGGAGUAGCAGAAAAUGAGAGAAAUAGUCGGCAGUUAGAAAAAACAAUUGUAAAUAUUAUUAAUAAGGAAGUUAAAGUUAAUUUAGAUCCUAGUGAAAUCGAUUCCGUGAGACGCAUUGGCAGGGAUAUGAAGAAGCCAAGGCCAGUCGUCCUCGGGUUGACGACACUGAGAAAAAAAAUGCUGAUUAUGAGAAAGAGAAAAUUAUUAAAAUACUCAAAGGUGUCUAUCGAGAACGAUUUUGUUAAAAAUACAGAACAAAAUCGCCGCGGUAAAGAUCUGUCUCUACUAUUAUAAAUUAAUAGCUCAAUAUAAUAUAAUGAUAGAUAUAAAUUAUAUAUUAAAGAAUAAAAGGCUGAAUAAGUAAACGACCAAAAGUGCUCAGGGAUACUUUAUAAUGUUUAUUUAUAAUUGUAAUUAUAAAUAAAUAUAUAUAUGUAGUUAUAAAUAAUUAAUCAAAAGACCGUUUGAUUUUUUGUUUGAUAUUUAAAUCAUUAAGUUUUAGUUUGUGGUCCAAUCAGCCUCAUGCAAUUUAAAUUUAUUUUACUGAUAUAUGUAUUAAUUUGCAAGCUAUUAAUUACUAUUAAUUAAUUUUUAGUGUAACCAAGUAUUUUUUUUUAUUAAUUAAAAAUUUAGUUUUAUUUUUGA